AUGAGUUCUUCUGAGGAUGAGACUGCCCUUAGUCAACUACCCAUUGAAUCACAAUCAGUAUCUACUUCACCAACUUCAGAUGAUAUAGAUCAUGAAGAAAAGGAGGAUGAUGUUCCAUUGACAAAGAGAGAUAGGAAAAGAAUAGCGAUGGAGUCAGACGACACAGACGAUGGUGAUAAUGAUGAUGACGAUUACGAUGAAGAUGAUGAUGUCCCAUUGUCUAAAAAGACAAAGACUAACAACGGGACGGCAAAGACGAAAACCGUGGUUAAGAAGGAGACAAAAACAAUGAAAAAGACAGAUACCAAGAAAAAGGCCACACCAAAAGUGAAAGCUGAACCCAAGGCCAAAAUAACCGCUACAAAAUCAAACGUCAAGGCUCGGCCUAAAUCUACCUCCACGAGAGUGAAAAAGGAACCACUAGUCAAGAGUGAAGCCUCCAAAAUUAAAAAGGAAACAUCUGUCAAGAGUGAAACUCCAGGAUCUGAAGACGACGACACUUACAAAUGGUGGGAACAACAGUCAGGCGAUAAUGAUGGAGAAAUCAAAUGGCAAUCAUUAGAACAUAAUGGAGUAAUGUUCCCCCCACCUUAUGAACCUUUGCCAUCUCAUGUCAAACUAUACUACGAUGGGAAACCUGUCAAUUUACCAAUCGAGGCAGAAGAAGUUGCUGGGUUUUUUGGAGCUAUGGUUGAAACUGAUCACGCUAAGAACCCUGUAUUCCAAAAUAAUUUCUUUCAAGACUUCCAACAAGUUUUGAAAGAAUGUGGUGGAUGUGGCGUUGAAAUUACUGAUUUCAAUAAAUUGGAUUUCAGUAAGAUGCAUGCAUAUUUCGAAAAAAAGAGAGAGGAAAAGAAAGCCUUGAGUAAAGAUGAGAAAAAGAGACUAAAGGAAGAAAAAGAGAAAAUUGAAGAGCCUUACAAAACAUGUUUACUUAAUGGAAGAAGGGAAUUGGUGGGUAAUUUUCGAAUUGAACCUCCGGGAUUAUUUCGAGGUCGUGGUGCUCACCCCAAAACAGGUAAAUUGAAAAGAAGGGUUUAUCCUGAACAAGUGACGUUGAAUUUGAGUGCUCAUGCUAAAGUACCUGACCCACCACCAGGCCACAAUUGGGCAGAAGUUAGACAUGAUAAUGAAGUUACUUGGUUAGCUAUGUGGAAGGAAAACAUUGCUGACUCAUUUAAAUAUGUUCGUUUUGCUGCCAAUUCAUCCGUCAAGGGACAAUCAGAUUUUAAGAAAUUUGAAACCGCACGUGAAUUGCGUAAGUAUGUUGAUGCAAUUCGAAAAGAUUAUACCAAGAUGUUGAAACUGGAAAAAAUGCAAGAUCGACAAAUGGCAACAGCCAUGUAUCUUAUUGAUGUAUAUGCAUUGAGAGCCGGUGGAGAAAAAGGUGAAGAUGAAGCAGAUACUGUUGGAUGCUGUUCACUUCGAUUUGAGCAUAUUACUUUAAAACCACCAAACACAGUUAUUUUUGAUUUUCUCGGUAAAGAUUCCAUCCGUUUUUAUCAAGAAGUUGAAGUUUCAAAACAAGUGUUCAAAAACUUGCGUAUAUUCAAAAAAGAACCCAAACAACCGGGUGAUAACCUAUUUGAUCGAAUCAAUCCCAGUAUGGUUAACAAGCAAUUGCAAAAUUAUAUGAAGGGACUAACGGCAAAAGUAUUCCGUACAUACAACGCAUCCAAAACCAUGCAAGAUCAAUUAGAUUUGAUUUCUAAUGAAGGUACUGUUGCAGAAAAAGUGGUCAAAUUCAACGCCGCCAAUAGAACCGUGGCCAUCUUGUGUAACCAUCAGCGUACAGUGAGCAAAAACCAUGGUAAUUCAAUACAGAAAAUCAGCGAUAAAUUGAAAGAGCUAACUUGGCAAAAGAUUCGUACGAAAAAAAUGCUUCUACAAUUAGAUCCCAAAUUGAAAAAGAAAGAUCCCAAAUAUUUUGAAGAAUUGGAUGACUUAGUUAAAGAAGAUAUUGAACAUAUCCAUCACUCAAUUAUCGAACGACAAAAACAACAAGCUCUCAAAAAAUUGGAACGUGAUAAUGAAAAGCUCAAAAUUGAGAAAAAACCAUUAUUGACCAAGAAAGACAUCAAGGAUAAAUUAGACAAGAUUCAUGAAUUGGAAAAAGAAUACAAGAAGGAAUUAAAAACAGGUAAACCGGAACUCCCCGCCAAGAUGACUUUGGAAAAAUGUUAUCAACAAAUCGAAACUCUUGAAAAUCGAAUAGUUGCAACAUCGCUACAAUUGAAGGACAAAGAAGACAAUUCUGAAGUUUCUUUGGGAACCUCGAAAAUGAAUUAUAUUGAUCCUAGAUUGACAGUUAUGUUUUCCAAAAAAUUCGAUGUACCUAUUGAAAGAUUGUUUACCAAGACAUUAAGAGAGAAGUUUAAAUGGGCUAUUGAAUCAGCUGAUGAAAAUUGGAGGUUCUAG